AGCUUUGCAACCAAGUGGUGUUGUCCUCCGUGGAGUCCGACGUGUCGAGAACACAGCCACCAUUUUUUCUUUGGAGCAACUUGGCUAGCAAGCUCCUCCCUGUGAGAGAAGUGGCGAUGGCAGCAGCAACAGCAGCAGCAUUGGUACCAUCUGGACUUGCCAGCAGCAGCUUGAAUGGGACGAAGCUACGAAUCAAGCCUACAGCGCAAGUUUCAAUGAGAAGAUCCACAGCCAAGCUCGGUGUCUCGGCGAAGUAUGGAGAGAAGAGCGUCUACUUCGACUUGGGAGAUAUCAACAACACCACCGGAGCUUGGGACUUGUAUGGAUCGGAUACGCCUUCCCCUUACAAUGGACUCCAGAGCCAAUUCUUCCAAAUCUUCGCUGGCGCUUUCACCAAGAGAGGGCUGUUGCUCAAGUUUCUACUGCUUGCUGGUACCGGUGCUGUGGCUUUCACGGGCGCUAAUGCACCUGCGAGUCUCGUCCCUGUCAAGAGAGGAGCUGUUGGGCCGCCGACGCCUGGCCCGAGAGGCAAGAUCUAGAUCGAGAAACGCUGCUAGCCACCAUGAAUGUAACUUAUGCUGGAACUUCGUCACUCUGGAUAAGAAACCAAAGCUUGAGCUUGCUCGUGA